AUGGCCCCCGCUGUCGGUAUCGAUCUGGGAACCACCUACUCCUGCGUGGGUAUCUUCCGCGAUGAUCGCAUUGAUAUCAUUGCCAACGACCAGGGCUCUCGCACCACCCCAUCCUUCGUCGCCUUCACCGACACUGAGCGUUUGCUCGGCGAGGGAGCCAAGAACCAGGUCGCCAUGAACCCUUUCAACACCGUCUUCGAUGCUAAGCGUUUGAUCGGUCGUCGCUUUACAGAUGCUGAGGUUCAGGCUGAUAUGAAGCACUGGCCCUUCAAGGUCGUCGACAAGGGCGGAAAGCCCGUCAUUGAGGUUGAAUUCAAGGGCGAGACGAAGCAAUUCACCCCCGAGGAAAUCUCUUCCAUGGUUCUGACCAAGAUGCGUGAGACCGCCGAGGCUUUCCUUGGUGAAACUGUCAACAAUGCUGUCGUUACUGUCCCCGCGUACUUCAAUGACUCUCAGCGUCAGGCCACCAAGGAUGCUGGUCUUAUUGCUGGCUUGAACGUUCUCCGUAUCAUCAACGAGCCCACUGCUGCUGCCAUUGCUUACGGUCUUGACAAGAAGGUCGAGGGCGAGCGCAAUGUUCUUAUCUUUGAUCUUGGUGGUGGUACUUUUGAUGUCUCCCUCUUGACUAUCGAGGAGGGUAUCUUCGAGGUGAAAGCUACCGCUGGUGACACUCACCUUGGUGGUGAGGACUUUGACAACCGCCUCGUCAAUUUCUUCGCCAAAUUCUUCAAGGAUAAGCAGGGCAUAGAUAUUUCCAACAAUGCCCGUGCUCUCCGUCGUCUCCGCACUGCUUGCGAGCGUGCCAAGCGCACUCUCUCUUCAGCUGCUCAGGCCUCCAUUGAAAUCGACUCCCUUGCAGAGGGCAAGGACUUCUAUACCUCCAUCACCCGUGCCCGUUUCGAGGAGCUGUGCCAGGACCUCUUCCGCAGCACCAUGGACCCCGUCGAGCGUGUCCUUCGUGAUGCCAAGAUCGACAAGUCUUCUGUCCAUGAAGUUGUCUUGGUUGGUGGUUCCACCCGUAUCCCCAAGAUUCAGCGUCUCGUCCGCGACUACUUCAACAAGGAGCCCAACAAGUCCAUUAACCCCGACGAAGCCGUUGCCUAUGGUGCCGCCGUCCAGGCCGCCAUCCUUUCCGGUGACACCUCUUCCAAGUCCACCAACGAGAUCCUGCUGCUUGAUGUCGCCCCUCUCUCCGUCGGUAUCGAGACUGCCGGUGGUGUCAUGACCCCUCUUGUCAAGCGUAACACCACCAUUCCCACCAAGAAGUCCGAGACCUUCUCCACCUAUUCCGACAACCAGCCUGGUGUGCUUAUCCAGGUCUACGAGGGUGAGCGUGCUCGCACCAAGGACAACAACCUGCUCGGCAAGUUCGAACUCACUGGCAUCCCCCCCGCCCCUCGCGGUGUUCCUCAGAUCGAGGUUACCUUUGAUCUCGAUGCCAAUGGCAUCAUGAACGUUUCCGCUGUUGAGAAGGGAACUGGAAAGACCAACAAGAUUACCAUCACCAACGACAAGGGCCGUCUUUCCAAGGAGGACAUUGAGCGCAUGCUUGCUGAUGCCGAGAAGUACAAGGCUGAGGAUGAGGCCGAGACUGCCCGCAUUCAGGCCAAGAAUGGUCUUGAGUCCUACGCCUACUCUCUUAAGAGCACUCUGGGAGAGGGCAAGCUUCAGAUCAGCGACUCCGACAAGGAGAAGGUCACUGCUAAAAUUGAUGAAGUCAUCAGCUGGCUCGACACCAACCAGGCUGCUUCCAAGGAUGAGUACGAGGUCCAGCAGAAGGAGCUUGAGGCUGUCGCGAACCCCAUCAUCUCCGCUGCUUACGCUGCUGCUGGAGGCCAGCCUGGUGCCGCUCCCGGCGGUGCCGCUCCUGGCGCCACCCGCAGCGAUGGUGUUGUCGAGGAGAACGAUGAUCUUGACUAA